CGCGUGUAAGAUAGUGGCUGCCGCAGAUCCAGCGGUCGUGUCCGACCUCCUGCAGCUGUCCUUCCGAGGGGCGCGUGCACUCGUGGUCCGUACGUGCGUAAGCAGCCAGAGUGAGCCGUACGCCGCUGGACGGGGGAAUGCUGCGCAAGAGGCAUCAUUCACGGCGGCCCGGCAGCCUCGGUACCACGCGCACCUUCUCUGGCACACGCGCCUAUGUCGCAGCAGCGAGCUCGAGCACCGAUGCGCGCUCUUUCCGUCAACGUCAGCCGCAGAUAAGGAGGCCCCCUGAGAACAACCACUGCCCAGGUUGGUUGGGUCAAUUUGUUUUACGAGAGGCUGCCGUUGGCGCCCUGCGCGACGAUGCGGGCAUGACACUCGUCCCCCCCUGCUUGGAGGAGUCGCUGUCUCCCCGGGACGCUGGACAUCAUUGAGCAGCGACAACAAUGGCGAAGCCGCAGACCAGCACAGCAACCCGCAAGACAGCGCGCGAGGGUCCGGACACCGCGAGGGCCUGGUACCUGGGCGUCUUCUGCACCGCGUACGCAUUCUUCGGCUGGGUGGGCCUCAGCUCCACACCCGUCCUCUACGUGGGACUCAUCACGCAUUCGGGGGCCUCCAGAGAGGCUGCGUCGCACCCGUUCACAGCCAUGAUGUGCGCAUACUUCACUGGGAGUGUUCUUUACGGUGGGCUGGCCCACUGGUUCAACGAACAGAAGCUGCUGCUCGGGGCCGCCGCCAUCAUUUCGUCGUCGCUCUUCGCGAGCUACUUCAUCGUCGACGUCACAGUACUGACGGUUGUUCUAGGCGUACUUCAUGGUCUGGGAGUGGCCUCAGUCGGUGUGGUGGUGGGCGCCCUGCUGUCGCAGUACUUCGUCAAGUACCGGGCCACGGCGUUCGCGCUCAUGUCGGUCACGCUGAGCCUGACGGGCGUCGUGUUCCCACCCGUGGCGGCCUACUUCGUCGCCGAGUACGGCUUCUCCGCGUCGCUGCUGCUGCUGGGCGCCCUGUCGCUGCACCUAUUCCUCUGCAGCCUGCCCCUGGGCCCACAGCCGUGGCAGAAAGAGCCGCCCCCGCGGCCUCCACCGCCUCCCGCCACGGUGACCGCACACAAGACUCCCGCGGUACGCAAACAUGGUCACGUGCGGCCAUUCCUGCAAAGCAUCUUCGUGAUAGUCUGCAGUACGAAUGCGUGCAGCUGCUUCGCCAUCUUCACGUACACACUAACUAUCGUGGACUUUGCGCACGAUUGCGGCUUUCGAGGCUACCAGGCCGCCAUGUUGAUGACGGCCAUGUCCAUUGGCUGGGCUGCAGCCAGCGUGGCCCUAGCGCCGGCCGUGGACGCGGGGCUGACCAGCAAGGAGACCAUGGUCUUCACCAGUUUCGUGGUGCAGGGCGUCGGCUUCGUCUUUAUGGCGUUCCUAGGCGAACACUAUGGGUGGCUUGUUGCCGGCAGUGUGCUAGUCGGCUGGGGCCAGGGAAGUCGAGGAUUUCUGCUCUUCUUGUUCGUGCCUGAGCGUUUUCCCAAAGGCCAGGUUCCAUUGGCCUUUGCGCUGAUGAGUCUUUCGUGCACACUGCCAUUCUUUGCACGGGCGCCUAUCAUCGGCUACGUUCGGGACACGCUGGGCAGCUACUUCAUGCUAAUGAUUGGCCUGGCCAUCAUGGAUGUCGUGCUGGCCGUGUGCUGGGGGGCCCUGGCUCUGCUCAAGUGGAGGCACCGGACAGCCAAGCUGCGCAUAGCGCUCCCGUUCGCCUGA